UUUUACUUUUAGUUAUUUGCGAAAACAGAUAAAGACAUUUAGUUCUGCCGUAUAAUUUUCUUCCUAAGAAAUUUAGUCAAGCAAUUUAUAGUUUAGAGAAAAAACUAUAAAAAAUGGAUAUUCGCUUUGAUGGGAAGCGGGCGUUAGUAACUGGAGCUGGAAAAGGUAUUGGAAAGGCUGUUGCUAUUAGAUUGGCGGAAUGUGGUGCGGAGGUGAUCGCAGUCAGUAGAACUCAUUCAGAUUUAGAAGAACUAGAAAAAUGUAAUAAUAAGAUAAAGACUGUUCUUUUGGAUAUUGGUAACUGGGAAAAAACAAAGACCACUAUUUCCGAUCUUGAACCUAUUGAUUUGCUUGUUAAUAAUGCAGCUAUAGCAAAAGACAAAGAGUUCGGCGAUUUGUCGGAAGAGGAAAUUGACGAAUCAUACAAUAUCAAUGUGAAAGCAAUCAUAAAUAUUACCCAGAUCUUGGCGAAAGGUAUGAAGGAAAGAGGACAAGGAGGCUCGAUUGUUAAUGUUUCAAGUAUUGCCGCUUUCCGAACAGCUCCGACUCUUGGCGUAUACAGUUCAGGUAAAGGGGCAGUGGAUCAGCUGACAAGAUGCAUGGCAACUGAAUACGGACCUCAUAAUAUAAGAGUGAACUCUGUAAACCCUACCGGAGUACGUACUCGUAUGGCAGCAGAGUAUUUUGAACCUGAUAAUGAAUUAGGGAAAAUGUUUAUAGAACGAACACCUUUAAAAAGAUUAGGAGAAGUGGACGAUGUUGCAUACCCGAUAUUAUUUUUGCUGAGUGAAUAUGCAUCCCUGAUUAGUGGAAUAACAUUGCCCAUUGAUGGAGGAAUUGCAAAUGUUUUUUAGCUAAAAUUAAUCAAUGUUUUCUUGAUAAGCGUAUCAUACGCUGUUAACUAUGACGUUCAAACUACAGAUUAAUACUCUUUUAAAAUAAUGAAAUUUGAAAGUUAUUUUUGUUAUUUUGUAAUGUAAUAUUGAUUACUAUAACAAAUCAAAUUUCAAUUCAAAUAUAAUAUAGUUCUAUACAAAAUGUAGCUCUUUUUAUAACUAGAAAUAUUCAUUGGAUAUAUUUUUCCGCGAAAAUAUUACUCUUCUUACUGAUUUAUAAGAAAAUGAAAGGCAUUUCUUACAUAAAACUAUGUUUUAUUUGAGAUUAAUUGUAAAGAAAAAAAUAUUUGAUUUCAAAAGUGUGUACUUCCUUACAACAAACUUCAUAUGACUGAAAAUGUAUUAUUUUUAAUGUGAAUAAUUCAUCAAAAAAGAUUAAUAACUAUGACACUUACAAUUUGAUUGAUUAAAUGAAUGUUAUUACCUGUUA